UUGUUUAUCUCCUUGUUUCAUGAUGGCUGAGACUACUCUAGCUGCGUACGAAAAAUCAUUCGGAAUCACCCAAAUUCGUGCCUAUAUUUUUGUCACUCUUGAUUUGAAUAAGUUGAAUUACGAGGUGUGGCGUGAACUUUUCGAGACUCACUGCCUAAGCUUUAGUGUCCUUGGUCACAUCGAUGGAUCCUCGUCACUGACUCCAAUGACCGAGAAAAGGUGGAAGGAACGUGAUGGACUUGUUAAGAUGUGGAUAUAUGGAACCAUCACUGAUUCACUUCUAGACACCAUCAUUAAAGUCGGGUGCACAGCUCGAGACUUGUGGAUUUCCCUAGAGAAUCUCUUUCGUGAUAAUAAGGAGGCUCGUGCACUUCAAUUUGAAAAUGAAUUGCGCACAAUGACGAUUGGUGAUCUCUCUGUACAUGAGUAUUGUCAAAAGUUGAAGUCACUUUCAGACCUUUUGACAAACGUUGACUCUCCCAUAUCAGAUCGUGUUCUAGUCAUGCACUUACUCAACGGUCUCACAGAGAAGUAUGAUUACAUCCUCAAUGUAAUCAAACACAAGUCUCCAUUUCCCUCUUUCACUGAAGCUCGCUCCAUGUUGCUUAUGGAAGAAAGUCGUCUCUCCAAACAAAGCAAGCCAUCCUUAAGCAACACAUAUCACCCUUUCUUGCCAAAUGUCUUGUUUCCCGUCCCUGGUCCGCAAGAACGCUACCCACAAGAAUAUCACAAUAACAUGAUCAGCAACAACCACAAUAACUACAUGGGAUACAUUUGUAAUGGGAAAAAUAAUUGUGGCAGUUGUACUAGUUGUAGCCAGUACUACAAUAAUAACAAUUGGCGAUUCAACCCUAAUUCAACUUGGACUUACAGUCAUCCUCAAUGCGCAUACCCGUAUCCUCAGGGUGGAUCAAGAUUCUUUCAUAACCAAACGUACCAUCCCCAACAACUGCCACUUCACAUGCCUACCACCACAUCACACAAACUGGCACCAACCAGCAUACUUGGGGCAAAUAAUCCGUACCUACCUGGUGAUGCUAAUGUCAAUUAUGUCUCGGCAUGCAUGAGAGACCAAUCGACUUUUAUGCCAUCUCAUCAUUCUCAUGCAUAUACUUCCAUGCCCCUCUCAACUCCCACCGAAGAGACAUGGUACAAUGGUACCAAAGACACAAAUAACGUUUCUUCAUAACUAGAUUUGAUUGCUCGGUUUUUAUGCUAAGGAUAGUCAUACCAUGAAACAGCUUUGCGCCGUGUACCCAGCGACUCCAUCAACAUCCGAGCAACUUUCUUUAGCUAUCCCUUCAUAAUUUGAGUUUAUAUAUAUAAUAAAACGACUGACUUGUUGAUAACAUUGUGUCAUGCAUAUCAGAUGGAUUAACAUGUUCUUAUCCCAUAUAGUAUUAUUCUUCUUUGUAUAAAGCAAAAUGUACCUUUUAAAGUUAUUUGUUAUAGCAAUUAGGACCGUUGUGAUAAUUAAUAAUGAAUAAAAUAUUAUCUAUC